AUGCUGCCAGAUGUAGACCCUCCGUCAGCUUCCCGCAUCGGCGGCCUGUCUCAAGAUCCAAUCCGGAAUGAAGUUAUCGUUGAGGACAGCAUCGUUUCGUGUUUGAAGUGUGAGAAGACCAUCCAUACGUCCGGAAAGACUGACGUCAAACGAAUAAGCUACCGCAUCACCAAGAAGUCUCUUAAAUUAAUGUGGUUCAACUCGACGGGAAAGGAGUUCAAUAAGGUAUCGCUUCACUCUCUGGCUACUGCCCUGCGUAUCCGAUAUUGUUCCGAGGAGACAGCAGUUGGUAGCCUACUCGAUGGCUGUUACGAAGACUUCUGUUCUGUGAUGACGCUAAAGGCCGCCAACAGGAGCUGCACUGUCCUUUCUACUCAGUGGACCAACGGCUCAGAUUCGCUUGACGCACCGUACUUUGAUUCGGAUAUUAAGUGCGUGAUGGCCAAGCUCCCAUUUGUGACAGUGGCCGCAGUAGUGACGGACAACACCGCCACAACCUUUUUGGUCUGGUCGAAACUAGUACAAAAGUGUCCGGAGGUGCUCUUCCUCCUGUGCAUUUUCAACGCGUUGCAUCUGGUGGUGAAAUAUCUCGUACAGAGUCUUCCGUGGUCCGGAAAGCUUGAUGAAAAUAGCUGUAAUAUGGUGCGCUUUGUCGCUAGCCAGUUGCUGUGGUUUGACCUCAAGCGGCUCCUGCAUAUGGAAGGAAUAUCAGCUCUCGUUCUGCCGGCCGACACGAGGUGGAAUCUAUUGAAAAUGCUUCGGUCGAUUAACUAG